AUGUCGCAGUGGCGGAUCAAAGGCUAUGUCCUGGACUCAGAUGAGGACGAAGACCUUGAUCUCGAUGAUUCCUCCACACCGAAGCCGCCGGAGGCAGAGACAGUGCCUGUUGGGGGGACCGAGGUGACGACAUAUCCCCAGGUCGGCCAAUUCGAAGCACCAAACGGCGCGGGCGAAAUCCCACUGGGAAGCCAGGAUGAACUUGCGUUGGACAGCUCGCAAAAUGGAUUACUCGAAGAACCCCGUUUGCGCCUGGACACCAAAGCGAACGGUCUCUCCCCGCAGUGUGGGCCCCACGCAUAUCCCAGCUCUCACACUGUCAACACACGUCUGCCUGUUUCUUCGGUCGAGGCCCGGAUCACCGGUCACCCCAGCUCCGAUGUUGCCACCGAGAGCUCCACGAAUGCGCUCUCGGGCAGGUUUCUCGCUACGCAACUCUUUUCGGAUGACCAAUUGACCUCUACCCCGGGAGUCGUCCCCCAAAUCCUGCCUCAGAGGCCUGUGACGCCGGUGCGCCAGGAUGAUGACGUGGACGAAUUGCAGCAAGACAAUAUCUCUGCUUUCUCGAGCCCUCUCAGUGACGCCAGGUCUGACAUCGAGCCUCCUGACUAUUUGACAUCAUCGCCACCACUUGCUGCGUCGCGGCGAGAGGUGCCAGGCCAGACCAGUAAUGGACUUCAGCAGUCGGUUCGAGUGAUGAUACCUCCACGGGCAACAAUCAAUCUGGAUGAAACAACUGCUGAGGAGAUUCAGAUGAGACGAGCAUUGAGAAAGCGAAACCCCAUACAGGUUCAUCCAUAUCUCUUGGAAGCUGAAAAGUACAAACAGAACCUCAAGUCCAGAGGUUUGAAGCCUGUGAACGUUGCUCCAGAGCAUCAUCGGCAUCACGGGCAGAAGCACGGAAUGGGCCACGGAGAAAGCCAAGAGCUAGAUUCUCAAGACAGGGAUUUUGUGGUUGAUCACACUCAAUCGAGUAGUGUACGACACAGUUCACCUGUUCAGCUGCCGUCUUCACCGCCUAACCUCGAACGGGCAACAUCGGUUCCAGUUCAACCAAGCCUUGGGGCUGAUCCAAACGAUAUGGGCAUGAACGUCGAUGAUGAAGAUUUCGAAUUCCCCGAUUUGAGUGUUCUGUUGCGCAAGAAACCCGACGGCAGUGUCCAGCAGGGCUUCAAGCGGCGGAAGACAUUGCAUACGUUUUCCAAGAAGGGAUCACUCAACAGGAUACUUCGCGGCAUCGCGGGCUCCAGCGUACGGCUUCUGUCACGGUUGUCUCCUCUGACUCCUCCGAUGAGGAAGAUGAGGUACACGAGGAUCAAGAUCAAGGCCUAA